UCUACGACCGUCCGGAACAUGCUUACUGUGAUCAGUAUUUAAGUACCGUAACAAAGCAAAUAAAUAUCAGUCCCGUUUAAAAAUGAACCGCAUUUUCGGUCGGAGCAAACAAACGCCUACUCCUAACCUUUCUGACUGCAUAGGCAAUGUGGAUACGAGGAUCGAGUCAGUCGAUAAGAAAAUAGCGAGAAUCGACGCAGAGCUAAUCAAGUAUAAGGACCAGAUGAAAAAGAUGAGGGAUGGACCCUCAAAAAAUGCAGUGAAACAGAAGGCGAUGAGAGUACUAAAACAAAAGAGAAUGUAUGAAGGUCAAAGAGAUCAGCUUUCCCAGCAGUCAUUUAAUAUGGAACAAGCCAACUAUACUAUCCAGUCUUUGAGGGACACCAAAACAACAGUGGAGGCUAUGAAGAUUGGAGCAAAAGAAAUGAAGAAAGCAUAUAAACAAGUGAAGAUGGAUCAGAUUGAAGACCUGCAGGAUCAACUGGAGGACAUGACGGAAGAGGCUAACGAGGUGCAGGAAGCUCUCAGUCGCAGCUAUGGUACACCAGAGAUCGAUGAGGAUGAGCUAGAAGCAGAGCUGGAUGCUCUGGGAGAUGAGUUACUGCUGGAUGAUGACAGCUCUUACUUAGAUGAAGCCUCGUCUGCACCCUGCAUUCCUGAAGGAAUGCCCAGUGACACUAAAACCAAUAAGGAUGGAGUUCUGGUCGAUGAGUUUGGCCUACCACAGAUCCCUGCCACAUAAGAAUCUGUUCUCUGAUCAGUGUUUUGUUUACUGGUGGAGGACGUUUUUCUUGUGCUGAUGGUAUUGAACAUGUUGUGUUGUAUUCAUUGCCCAGUCUAGCACACGGUAUUGUACAUGAAGCGUGAUUUUCCGGUUUUAUUUAGAAUUUGAUCAUGUAAACAUGUUCGCCUGAUUUCCAUAACCCAGUAAAUUCCGACGAGAUUACAGUUUUUAGAUAUCCAAUUUAAACUCCUGGCAUAUCCUUUAGUAAUCAGAAUUUUGGAUCACCUACUUUCCCUUGUAUCUGAACAUAACUUUUUAUUAAUGCAUGUCCAAGCAAAAAUAGUUUUGGAUGAUAACUUUGGAAAUACAAACAGUUUGGGAAAGCCGAGUUAUUGAAUAAACGUAUUUAUUUAUUUUAACAAAAAAUUACAAACAUAAACUCACUCUUGAGUGUUGUUACAUAUAAACUCCUAUUAUUAUUAUUAAUUUUAUAUUUCUAUGCUCUUGUUAAGACGAAGUGUGUAUUGCAUCACUCUGAACUCUGAAGCUGGUUGAAAUGUUGACAGAAUUAUUGUUGACACUGAUUAAAUAUUUCAAGUCCAUCGUUCUGGGUAGCAUUAGCAUGAAUGAAGAACUUGCGUCGAGCAGUCAUGAACUAGUCCCAACAAAAUGACCUGGUUUUUCUGAUAACAAACUUCAUUAAUGAAUUGAAUAUGCAUCAAGAUGUGAAAUAUUCUGAAAUGUGAAAUGCAUCACUGGAGUCUAUGAGAGAUGCAAUAAAUGGUGGUAUUUGAAAACAUUUUUGUGGAACCAUUGGGCUAUUCAUGCAGCAAUAACACAUUUCAGAGGAAAGACAGAUUGAGCAAGAGGUAUUGCACAGUCACAUUAUUUACAAGAUUAGCUGCUACAAAAAAACAUACAUAGAAAUUUUUUUAUGUAUUUUUUUUGUUCGUUCC